AUCACUGUCAAAAAUAUACAAUGUCAUUGUCAUGUAAGGUACAAACAAAGUGUUCACUGUUUGUUUACUUCGUAAAUGUUUUAUUAACUUUGUACAGAUUUUAUUCUAAUAAUUAUAAUAUAUAACUCAGGGUUACCAAUAUAAAACGCUUCAGUUGAAACAUGUCACAACUCCAGUCAAUAUUCUACAGAAUCGAAAACCUUACCCAAACAGAUGGCCAAUGCGAAUUUAUACCAAUACUUAAAGAUAUCACAAUAAAUGAGAAUCAACUUGUGUCAAAGGAAACAUACAUCACAAUCAAAUCAUUUUUACAAAAAAUAAUCACGACUAUAGAUGAACUAGCUACUGAACUUAAAAAUGACACUACACUUUUAAUCAGCGUCAAAAAUCAGAAACUUUUACGAACAUGUUUUCAAUUAAUAACAUCCUUGGGCGUUUCACCAUGUCUGAUACCAGGCCUUGGCAUACAAUUGUCAAAGAGGUGUAUCACAGGAGCAAUACUUCCAAAAGUUCUGUUCACUGACGAACAAAAAUAUGAGUUGCUUGUGGAAUGUACAGAGUUUUUUAUCAGGAGUUUCAGUGUAUCAGCCCUCAAAACCAUAAUAAUUACAUUGCACUUAUCAGAUUACUUAGCAGCACUGAUUCAACUGUCAUUUGCGCCAUUUAAAAAGCCAGGCACUUACAACAAUUUUAUAAUGACUCAAGAAAUGUAUGAUAAGCUCAGUGCAGAUAGAAAAAUGUUUAUAAGUGUUUAUAACCAUCUUGUAAGUAAUUGUUUUCAGCCAAUCCUUAUGAAGGAAUUAUUGAUACUUCAGAGUGGCACAGAGCCACCACCUCCAGCUUUUGCUAAAAGAGUCAUAGCAAAUGAAUUGAGUCAAAGACUUAUAGCUCCAGGAGGAUUACUAAGUCUUAUUAGAUGUUUUAUAGAGAGUUAUGAAAUUGACACAGGAUUUGAGUGGAGAAAAAUUGAUAUGAUAUGCAGAAUCAUAGCAGCUAGACACGGAAGUUCUUCAGAAAUUGAGUACCUUACCAACAUUUGUUCCCAGUUACAAGAGAUUCUGUCUAUGAACAACACACAUUAUUUAGCUGCAGCAGUUGCUUGUGUACUGAGUUUACAUGACAAGUUCCCUCAGGCUCUUCCAGUAGUUUCACUAGUCAAUGAAGUAUUUCAAGCCUUUGAUUACAAUCACCUUACUAAAAAUUUCAAUUUACCUGGUACUGUGAUAUUGGCACCACAAGAAGUUGAACAAAGAAUAAAUGUUUUACAUGCCUGUGUCUGCACUAUAAAGUUAGAUUGGCCUGUUCAACUUUUAUUACCAAACUUGUACAUGAUUUAUUCCAUAGGAGCUAAGUGUACAAAGAAUGAUGAUUUGAAAAUAAAAUCAAGAGUGAUUAUUCUUAAGUGUUUAGAGAAGCUAAGUAAAGAUGAAUUAUAUGAAAUGAUAGAAUCAUUUUUGUUUGGAAAAGAUGUGCCUAGUAGUUCAGGUAUUGUAGCUGAAGAGUAUGAUGCUGGAGUGGCCUUGAAGUCUGUGGCAGUUUGUGGAGAUUAUGCAAAGGAUGAAUCAGUGAUAUAUUUUAUGGACUUGUUUAAAAAUGCAACAGAUGAUGUACUUGUUACAAAUAUAUUUAGUAUAGCUUUAAAAUUAUUAAUAGAUCUUAAGGAUAAAAGACAGAAGAGAGGAAAUAAAGAGAUACUGGUAUCUGAGGAUGAUCCGGUGUUUUUUGAUGAAGCUGAUCAGCAGUACGCUGUGAUCCUUCAGUUACUCUCAGAAAUAUCCACAUCACCUAAAAUUGUGCACUCUUUGAAAACCAAUCCUAUGAUUGUGUCUGACUUCAUUGAACAUGUUAUUUUAAAGCAGAAUUCUGAUAAGGAUGACGAGUGUAUUACCAUUGCUUUGGUUUUACUGAAUACAAUAUUAUCUAAUUCAGAUAAAAUAGAUGUUAAGUUUACGAACUUAAUACCAGUGUUAAGGAGGAUGGGUGAGAAUGAUUCCAGUUUGAACAGCAUUUUAUGUAAAGAGGCACUAUCUCUCCUAUCUUUAGAAAAUCCUCAGAAGAAGGAUACUGCUUGUGAGAAAGCAAUAUCUGAUAUAUUUGAUGAGCUGCUGCCUGUGAGAGCUCAUGGCAUAAUUGAACUAACAAAGCUCAUUGAUUCUGGAGAUGCUGAAACGAUUUCUAAAAAACAUUACAUAUUUUGUAUCUUUCAAGAACAGCUCAAAGAUCCUGACUCAUACAUUUACCUAUCAGCCGUCAAUGGUCUGGCUUCCCUAUGUACUCACUGCACUGAAGAUGUACUACAUAUCUUAUGUAAAGAGUUUUUACAAGAACUUAAUCCUGCAGACCAGAGUACACAAACAAGUGACAGUCUAAACAGAGAAGCAGAGUUGAGAAUGAAGAUUGGAGAUGUUAUUGUAAAAGUUACCAAGAGACUCGGUGAAAUGGCCAUAGUUCAUAAGACGAUCCUGCUUAACACAAUGCUUUGUGCAGUAUCAGACCCAGAUCCUCUGAUAAGAACAUCAGCCUUGUCUAAUCUCGCUGAAAUCGCUCUGGUGUUACACUACAGAAUAGGAAGUAUCAUAUAUGAGGUGCUGUACUGUAUUUGGAGUAUUAUCGAAACUGACAAAGCCAUAGAAUGUCGAAGAGCAGCAGUCAUGGUCAUAUCAAGCUUAAUCAAGGGUUUAGGUAAAGAUACCCUUCUCCAGUUGAAGGACAACCUCCUUCCUAUAUACAGAACAUUGAAAAAUCUGUACAGAGACAAUAAUGAGGACACUACAGUAAGACUUCACGCACAAAUAGCCUUAGAGGAACUAAACGACAUUGUCAACCAGUUUCUAUUUCCAGAAGUAAAAAUGGAAAAACAAAUAUUUGUACUGGACGAACCACAAGAUGUGUUCAAAUAAAAAGCAGUAAGUCUCA